UUAAAGCCGUAUCGAUAUGCCCUUCAUCAUCCAUCUUCAAAACAACCCCUUGAGAUUUCCGAAGAUCACAAAUAUCCAAAACCCUAGAUCAACCUAAAAACAAAAAGCAGCAGGAAGGACUUUUCAAUGGCUUCCAAAAGAAUUAACAAGGAGCUUAGGGACUUGCAAAGGGACCCUCCUGUUUCAUGCAGUGCCGGUCCUAUGGGAGAUGAUAUGUUCCACUGGCAAGCAACUAUCAUGGGUCCAACAGAUAGCCCUUUCACCGGAGGUGUUUUCCUUGUUUCCAUUCACUUCCCACCAGAUUACCCCUUCAAGCCACCAAAGGUGUCCUUCCGUACCAAGGUUUAUCACCCAAAUAUCAACAGUAAUGGAAGUAUCUGUCUUGAUAUUCUGAAAGAGCAGUGGAGCCCUGCACUUACCAUAUCCAAGGUUCUUCUGUCAAUCUGCUCACUGCUGACAGAUCCAAACCCUGAUGAUCCUCUGGUUCCGGAAAUAGCUCACAUCUAUAAGACAGACCGAGUCAAGUACGAGGCCACUGCCAGAUCCUGGACCCAGAAGUAUGCAAUGGGAUGAUAACUAGCAAUAAGACCCACACCAGUACAUUGCGCAUUAAACAGUAGAAAUAAGAGAAAAAAAACUGAGUUUGGCUUUUUUUUAUAUUAUAAUUUGGCUACUUUUUGCUUAUUGGUUUUUUUUAUCGUUAAGCCGUGUGUUUGGUGUGUACAUGAGCUUGAUUAUGCCUUAUUUGAAACAUUGAGAUCUUGCAAUGCUUUUUUAGCCAAUAAAUUGGCUAUUAUGAUUA